AUGGCGCACGAGAUGAAGCAUCUCAUGGAGGAGGAGGGAUUCAUCGACGCAAGAAUCCCACGGCUAUAUUAUGAUGCAUUGCAGAUCGUGAUUGCCAACAGUGAUGAAGCAAGAGCCAGGGUUUUCGCUGAGCGGGCGUCUGCCGAGAGACUUUGUGUAGGGGGAAGCGACAGCCCGGAAAUGCUCAGGUUACAGAGAUACGCUCAGAUCCCCGCUAGCCAUGUGCUUGCUGUACAGUAUGGCACAUCAAAGACAUCGACACAAGAGGCCAACAAGAUACCGCAAGGUCUGAACGAUUAA